AUGAGUCCGUUUUCCAAGAAGCCAACCGCCAGCUCGGGGUCGUCGGCCUCGAGCGCCUCCAAGCUCGACUACUUGAAGAAGUACAUGGGUAAGGGCGGGUCUGCGGCAGACGGCGGCGCGCUUUCUCUGGCGAAGGAGGGGAAAAAGAAGAGAAGUAAAACGCCAGGAUCGGCAGAAACGAGCCGCAUGACCGGGUUUCGCCUCAACGACGCCUCGGAAGAGGUCGACGUGAGAGCGCCUUCUCGGAAGCGCCAGGCGAGCUCGCUUCGCUUCGAUGCUGCCCAGUUUGGCCGCGUCCUUUGUCCUACGAUGGGUGCGAGGGGGAAGGCGUAUGCGUAUCAGUUGGACGAGGAAGACGGGUCUGACUCGGACGGAUCGGAACAGCACCAGGAAGACGAGGAGAUCGUUGUCGUCGACGCAGAUGGCCGAAACGUCGCGCUCAAUGAGCUACAGGCAAAACGCGUGCACGCCAUUGUGCGAGACCAAGAAGCGAGGGAAGUGGGCCUUUCUCCGAAAACUGGCGUCGGGCGACGUGGCUUCGAGGAGACCGAGGGUUGCAAGAGACACGGAGACGCCCCGCUGCGCGGCGACGCUGGAGACACCACCGGCCGGGAGGACGACGAGUCCCGGAAGAAGCGGAGUGGUGCGGAUGCAUGUGCAGAGGGAGCGUGGACAGAAAAGAGUGGCGCCUCUGCGUCGAGUUCCGGCCGCGCACUGGGGCUUAGAGGGUCUCUUUCUGUCAAACAAAAUGACAUCGAUUUGUCUGUUUUCAACGCACCUGUUGGAGGCCGUCUGAAGCCGCGCUCCGAGGCCGAAACUGACGACAGUCUGGGAGUUGACGCGCGACCGGACCUGUCUCCGCCGCGACGCAGACCCCACUCGCGGGGUCUGCCGGCGUGCCGCGACCACUCUGGAGAGAAAGGACGAGACGAGAGAGGAAGCUUGGAACGCGGGGCGAAUCGAAGAUCCUUGUCGCCAGCGCCUGGCCCAGGGACACCGCAGGACAACGCGGUCACCUCAUCGACGGCAGGUGGAGUGUCAGGCAAAACGGAGAGAGAGGACCUAUCUCCUCCCAGGAGGCGGCCGCUGAGGAGUGGUGAGUCCUCUGCAGGUCGAGACGGGGCCGACAAGCAGUCAAGCACAGACGCAGGCCGAGAUCGGGAUUUGUCUCCUCGAAGAGCAAGUGGAAGAGAGGGGAGCGAGCCGGCUUCUGUAGGGGCCGCAGCGCCCAGGUCAGGGCAGCUGGAAGAUCUGUCGCUCCCUCGCCGGAGGCCUCCGUCUUCAGCCCCCAGUGAUGCUCGCGGCUCUUCUGCUUCGUCUUCCUCGCAUUUUCCCGGCGCGAGAGCCGGACGCCAGGCUCGGUCGCCUGAACGCCGCACAGACGACCUGUCCCCGCCCCGCAAACGAACAACAGAUUGGGGAAAGGGUAAUGAGACGUCAGGACGAGAGGAAAUGCAGCAACGGAGCGAUAGUGGGCCAAAGUCAACGGGUCUCUUGACCCUUGACGACUACAGAGCCUCAGGUGUCGGGUCAGAGAAGGAGCCAAGUCUUCUAACGAAAGACUUGCUCGCCCGAGAAGUCGUUCGCCAAGUGGUCUACCGUGAUAGGCAGGGUCGAGUCAUCACUGAGGAGGAGUGGCUAGAGCUUCAGGACCAGAAGAGAGGAAAGAGGCGAAAGAAGGAGCGGAGUCCCCCACCGGAGCUUGAAUGGGGCAAAGGCAUUGUGCAGAAAGAAGCCCGCGAGAAGCAGGCGCAGGAAGAGGCCAAAAUUGCACAGCAACCACUGGCAAGGUAUGAAAUUGACGACGAUUACGACCGAAGUCUUCAAGACCGAUCUCGGUGGGAAGAUCCCAUGAAUCGUGUCCCUCAGAAGGCCGAUGAGAGUCCAACGACACCCGCAAAUCCCGAGCGGCCGAAGGAAAAAGAGCAUCCCAAGUGCCCCCACGAUGCACCACGAAAUCGCUUUGGCAUUUUGCCAGGCUACCGGUGGGACGGUGUCGUUCGAGGCAACGGUUAUGAGGAUCGCCGUCUCAAGGCCAUCAACCGGAAGAAGCUGGAAGCUCACAUGGCCCACAUGAACAACGUCGCCGACAUGUGA